UGCCGAUGAGCGUUUAACGGAACACCGUGAAGCUCGUGUGGUCAUCUAUAGCGACGGAAGCACGUUGUGGAUUCCACAGGCAUUGUUCAAAAGCACUUGUGAAGUCGAAAUCACAUAUUUCCCAUUCGACACCCAGAUAUGCAUGCUUGAGUUUGGCUCAUGGACAUACGAUAAGACCCAGAUGGAUAUCACAUGGUGGCUCCCUGACGGUCCCGGAACAACUCCAAUGCCAUAUCUGGACUUCUCUGACUACGUGCCAAGCAACGAAUGGCGUACAGAUGGUGAAGAAGAACGCGAUGUGCACCACACCAACCGGACCAUUCAGAUUCCAUCCGUAAAAAGCUAUCGACGUCGGAAUCAAACGUUUGGUGAUGAAGUAGUGUCCCGUGAAUACCCCGUUCUGCGUUAUUUGGUCCGAUUGAGUCGCAACCCAAGUUUCUACGUGUUCAUGCUGGUCAUUCCAUGCGUACUCCUCUCCUCUCUCACUUUGGUCGUAUUCUGGUUGCCUCCCGAGUCCCCCGCGAAAAUGAUGCUGGGUAUGAACAUCUUCGUGGCGUUUUUCGUCUUGUUGCUCCUAUUGGCAGAAUCCACACCAAGCGCUGUGAAAAAUUUCCCUUUGAUUGGUGUCUACUUCUGUCUCAACAUGAUAAUGAUCACACUGUCAACUUUCCUGGCCACACUUGUAAUUCAUCUGUACUUUCGAGGCGACCGAAAUGGAGCUGUUCCAGCGUUUCUGCGACGUGUAAGUCAAAUUAGAUUUCAUACACUAUCACACCCGUGA